CGCGCAAGGGCAAGAUAAAGUUCUCAGCUCAAGUGCAGCAGAUAUACAUACUCAUAGGAACAAAAAUACAAAAAAUGGAGAACGCAUAUCACCAGUAGAUUUGCUUAUAGAAGAUCUUACUGAACAACAAUGGGCAACAGAUGAAAUUGUAUGUUCAAGAAAAGUCUUAAAAAUAUUGCACAAUGUGAAAAAUUCAACAUUAUGGGCAACUUGGAUAUGGGAUUCAAUGCAAAGCCCAACCGGAGUAUUCUAUGGAUCUAUAUAUCAAUUCGGAAAUUACGAUCAAUGUAUGAAGGCGCCGUGGCUAGAAACACACUCUGAAUAUCGGACUAAAUAUUGUCUUGCCGAUAUCAAGCUAACUAAUGAAGAACCAAAACAUUCUGUAGUUGUUGACCCUAACAGUACUGUUAAAAGUUAUAUAAAUUCUGCUUCAAAACAUGGUGUCACAUUUAAUAUAAUCUCUUCGGGAAUGUGUGUACCUGUCGAAUGCAACGCAAAAGCCGUUUCAAAAAUAGUUCAUACUAUGUUUAGACACACGCAUCUUGGACUGACAAUACCGAUUGCCGAAGUCAGUAUCAAUCCAUGUGAGAUAUCCGGUGUUAAGGCGAAAUAUCCCAUGCAGUUUAAUUUAAUAAUGUAUGGUUUGGGUUUUUUCGUAACAGCGGCAAUACUAUGUACACUUUUAAACAUUAAUUCUAAUCAUCCCCAGAAUGAUAAUGUUGGUAAUAAAAUCAUCAAAGCAUUUUGCAUGCGAGAAAAUAUGAACUUGAUAUAUAAAGUGAAUGAUAAUAACAUAACCACAAUAAACGGAAUAAGAAGCAUGACAACUGGAUUAGUGGUUUUUGUGCAUAUAUGGGUUGUCAACGGUUUUCAUGGAACUAUUAACAAUUUGGAUGUUGACCGCGAUUAUGAAAAAUAUAAAUUGUACUUCCUAAACCCUACUCUUAUGGUUGACACCUAUCUCGUGAUGUCUGGACUUCUUCUAUUUAGGGGACUAAUAUCGUCGAAGAGCUAUAACCCGUUAUCUAUGAUACUGAAGCGAUACAUGAGGUUUUUCUGGAUUUUGGGACUGAUAUUAAUCGUAAUUAUCUACGUAAUGCCAUAUAUUUCUGACGGCCCCGUCUGGCAAAUCCUGAUGCAUCCAGAAAUAGAUAUUUGUAGAAAGAAUUGGUGGAUAACAUUGCUAAUGCUUGGCAACUACGUCGACACUGAGAAUAUUUGUUAUACCGUCUUAUGGUCAAUACCUUGUGACUUCCACCUGUCAAUAGUCGGAAUAUUAUUAUUCUCACUGUACAGAAAGAAUCGUCGCAUUGCGUAUGCAACUUUUACAAUCAUCCUGAUUGCAUCAAUAGUCAUGUCCGGUGUAGUCACUUACCAGAACAAUUUGCCUGCAUUCAUUACUUUGGAUAUAAGUAGCGUGAAAAACUUGCGUAAAAUUUUAAUGGGCAAUCCAGCUUACACACAGAGUCAUCUGCGAGCCGGUCCCUACUUGAUAGGCUUCGCAUUCGGGUACCUCAUUUCUAUAUACAAACUUGACAAGCGCAAGACUGUCUUUUCCACGACGGAUUCUAUAAUAGGUUUCGCCGUAUCAUUUGGCGUGGCCCUCAUGGUCAUGAUAACGGGUGGCAUUUUCUAUGACAAAAACAAAACCUACAAUGCAUGGGAGGCGAUUACAUUCGCCACUUUGAACAGAAAUGUCUGGGCAAUUGCUCUUGCUUGCUUAAUUGCAUUUUGCGAAUAUGGAACAGUUCCUGUCAUCAGUGCACUAUUGAAGUCAGAAACAUUCGUGUCAUAUAGCAAACUCUGCUACGGCACCUACCUGCUGCAUGCGAUUGUCUACUCUCGCAUUGUCACGUCGACGAGAUCACCGUUGGAUCAUAACAUGUACCUAAUAUUGUUCAACUUAUCGGGCGUAUUGGUAUUUUGUUGGAUACUUAGUGUGUUUCUGCAUCUUUUUUUUGAAGCUCCAAUGAGUAAAAUCACUAAAAUUAUGUUCCAAACUACAAAAACCAACAUUAACCGUGAAAUGAAAAAGCACGAAUACGAAAACGAUGGGAGUAACAAACAAAAGAAAAUUUCUUAAUUCAUCUAUUUCUAUUUUAUUUAGUUAAUUUACUUAAAUUACCUUUUAAUGUACGCCUAUUCAAUUUAUCUAAUAAUUACAAUAUUAAAAUGUAAAAGAAAAUCUA